UUUUGCUGCUGUGCGCAAACCUUCAAUUGAUCGCAACUUCGAACAACAACAUUUACCAAACCGGCCAGAUCAAUAUGCCGAAGAAGCAGUCCAAGAAACAAGAUGGCCCGUCAGCAGUUGCGAAAGGCGAUUCGCGAUUCACCAAUUUCGAAUCGGAUCCACGUUUCCGCCUACCUUCGAAGCAUCGCAACAAGACUACCCUCGACAAGCGCUUCUCGCGCAUGCUGAAGGAUGAUGAUUUCAUCGCGAGCGCCAAGGUGGACAAGUACGGUCGAAAGCUGAAGUCGGACAGUAAGAGGAAGGCUCUUAAAAACAUAUAUCAGGCCGACGAUGAUGACGACGAAAUCGAUGAGGACGAUGUCGUCGAGCGGGAGCUUCAAAAGGCCGAUGCCAAAUACGAUCCGGCUCGUGGUGGCGGUUUCUCCUCUUCCGAGUCAGAAUCGGACUCUGAGCCCGAUGCUGAUGAUGUAGAGGAGGAGGAAGCCAAGGUGGAUACGUCUGGGAGCAUGCAAAGACUGCGCGACGCCCAAGCAGAUGUCGAAACAGGAGAGGUUACGAAGCGCCUAGCAAUUGUCAACCUCGAUUGGGAUCACAUAAAAUCUGCCGAUUUAUUCUCACUUUUCUCUAGCUUCGUACCUAAAGGUGGACGGAUCGAGCGGAUUUCCAUCUACCCCAGCGAGUUUGGCAAGGAACGUAUGCAGCGAGAAGAGCUGGAAGGCCCCCCCAAAGAAAUAUUUAAGAGUUCGGAUGCGCAAGACGAAGAUUCUGAGUCGGACUCUGAAGAAGACAGCGACGAUGACGAGGAUGAUGAUGAGAAAAUAAAAAAUGAACUUCUCCAGGAAGGGAACGAUCAGGAUUUUGACAGCGACGCUCUCCGAGCUUACCAAUUAGAUCGGCUGCGAUAUUACUACGCUGUCAUGAUAUGUUCAGACACAGCUACAGCGAAUAAGAUAUAUCAAGCCACCGAUGGCACAGAAUACCAAACUUCUUCGAAUUUUAUGGAUCUAAGAUUCAUACCAGAUGAUGUCACCUUCGACGACGAGCCAAGAGACCAGUGCGAUUCUAUAUCACCUGAUUAUAAACCAACUGAGUUUACCACCGCUGCCUUACAACACUCCAAAGUAAAACUCACAUGGGACAUCCAUCCUGAAGAAACAACUCGGCAGGAGGACAUCAAACGAGCAUUCAGCGCUAGCCGCGCAGCAAUCGAGGAAAACGAUUUGCGCGCGUACCUUGCAAGCGAUAGUGACGAUGACGGCGCUCAGGAUGAUAAUGAUGGGGACAAGGGUGAGGGUGAGGAUGAGGCGGAAGUGGCAGAUGACCAGCCAAAGUUGACGAAAAAGGAGUUGAAAGCAAAGAAGCUUCGUGAAGCACUUGGCUUAAAUUCCGAACCUUCGGCCAAACCUUCGAAAUCUGGACCAGUCGGGGAUAUGCAAGUUACAUUCUCCGCUGCGUUGAUGGAUGGCAAUGAUAAGAAGAAGGAACCGGAUGCUGAAGAGACCACGUUGGAGAAGUACAUGCGGAAGGAACGAGAGAGGAAAGCCAGGAGGAAGGAGAAGGCAGUCGCAAAGCGUAACGACACUGCCAACCAGGAUGAAGCAGAUGGUGAUGAUGCCGCCGAGCCUCAGGAUGAUCUCGGUUUUGAUGAUCCUUUUUUCACGACCGAAGAACCUGUUGGGAAGUCUAAGAAUUUCGAAAAGAAGGAAGAACGCCGUAAGAGGCGAGAAGCCAAGGAAGCUGAGGCAGCCGAAAAUGCCGCCCAAAAAGCUCAUCUGGAGCGAAUCAUGGCAGAUGAUUCCAAGGAAGCUGCCGAGCAUCUUGAUCACUUCGACAUGAACGAAAUCGCCCGCGCGGAGAAACUGAAAUCCAAGAAGUUCAAGAAGAAGGGGAAGAAAGAGGCUGAAGAUCAUGGUGGCCUCCAGCAAGGCUUUGAGAUGGAUGUCAAGGAUGAUCGGUUCAAAGCUGUGUUCGAAAGUCACGAAUUUGCGAUCGAUCCAUCAAAUCCCAAGUUUAAGGCUACCCCGGGAAUGAAGCAGUUGCUAGAUGAGAGACGCAAAAAGCGGAAAAAUGACCCGGAUGGGGCCGAUGGACAACAGCGACACAACGCUAAAUCUAAGAAGCAAAGGAGAUAGAGCCAAGAGGUUCUAAUGAACAGAUAAUUCUACACCUUGGCGAUACGCUUAAUUCGAAUUAUCCAGGGCUACCAAUCACAGAUUCUAUCCUUCGUAGCUCAUGCUAUUCUAAUCAGACCCUUGACCAUCGGCAUCAUUUUGAAGAACACUAGGGAAAUAUUUCGUCUCACCAACCUACCUAAUAUGGUUCGCUACCUCUGCGCUAAUGCCCACGAUAACUCUUAGUAUACAAAGAACGACGAAGGCCAAAGCCCAGUUUCAGAUCAGAAGUGUCUAUUGAAUAUUUAUUCUACCAGUGCCGAGCAACGGCGGAUGCAAUCU